GCACGUGCCCGGGCUGCCCCACCCCAAAUAUUUUUUUUUUUUUUUUUUUAAAAAAAAAAUUAAUAAAAGAAACAAGAGAAAAAGAAGUAACCAGUUUGCGUUUCUCCUUCUCUCCGUUUCAUUCAUUCCUUUCGCCAUCGACCACCGCAGCACCGCUCUCAAAUCCGCUCUCAAAUCUCUCUAUUUCUCAUUCUCUCAGUCUCAGGCCGCUCUCCGCCGCCGCUCUCAGCCUCUCUCUCUCGCAGUCGCAGCGCAGACAGUUGGUGAUCAGGAACUCUUAUUUUUUUUUUCUUCGUCUGUUUUCUUGACCAACUUACGAGCAAAUGGAGGAUGGUUGUGAACAAUGGGCACCUAAAAAAUCUACUGAAAAAGCUCCUGAAAAGAAGGGAAAGAAAGUAGAGCUAGAAAAGGAAGAACCACUGGAUUCUUUGGCGGAAAAACAUCUUCAACAAAGACUAGUUGAAGAAGCAGAUGUCAAAGAUAUCUCAUCUUCCGUGACUGCCAUUGCAAAUGAAAAGAUAAAAGCAGAGAAAGAAGCCAAUGCUGGUAAAAAGAAUACAGCACACCAAUGGACACCUAAUUUUAAACUUAAAGUUAUAUCCAAAGAUGGUAAACGACUUAGAGUUGUAUUGAUCGGUCAGGGUGAGGGUGAGGGUGAGGAUGAGGAUGAGGAUGAGGAUGAGGAUGAGGACGAGGACGAGGACGAGGACGAGGACGAGGACGAGGACGAGGCUUCCGUGACUGCCAUUGCAAAUGAAAAGAUAAAAGCAGAGAAAGAAGCCAAUGCUGGUAAAAAGAAUACAGCACACCAAUGGACACCUAAUUUUAAACUUAAAGUUAUAUCCAAAGAUGGUAAACGACUUAGAGUUGUAUUGAUCGGUCAGGGUGAGGGUGAGGGUGAGGAUGAGGAUGAGGAUGAGGAUGAGGACGAGGACGAGGACGAGGACGAGGACGAGGACGAGGACGAGGACGAGGACGAGGACGAGGCUGAGGACGAGGACGAAAAGGAGGAUGAGGAUGAGGAUGAGGAAAAGGAGGAGGAGAAGGAGGAGGAGGACAAUUUUCCUUACUGCUUUUGUUUUCCGAUCAAUGCAGAUUAUUCAGUAACGGGAUUCACCGCAUAAACUUGUUCAAAUUUGAAGAGUUUGUCUUGCAUUUUGUCCAAAAAGAGGGUGCAUCAAUGUCUUUUUUGUCACCAUUAUACUUGGAAGUUGUUCUUUCACUAGAUGAUUUAUAUCUCUUAAAAGUUUGAAGAAGGAAUGUGUAUUAAACAUUAGACAUUGCAUUUGCCUUGGGUACAUUCAUGUUGGAUUGUAAGAAUAUAUUUGUUUUCGCAGUACUUAGCACAGAUGAGUCUGUAUGCUUAAUUAUGUUAUAGAAAAGUUAGUGGAAUGGCCAA